AUGACGUACGAUGUCGGAGCGGUGAUUGACUACCUCGCCAAGAAAGGCUACCAUCGGACUGAGGCUACUUUACGAGCUGAAUCAUCGAAUCAAGAAAUUCCCCGAGAUGCCUCGAUCCAACCACAAGGCUCUGGCCCGCCUCGUUACCUGGAGAUGUAUAGUCGCUUAAAAGCGUGGAUUGACGAUGCGCUUGAUAUUUACAAGCCUGAGGUUGCGCGAAUCUUGUGGCCCAUUUUUGUGUACUCUUACUUCGACCUUGUCAAAAAAUUCUACCCUAAGGAUGCAGCGCGAUUUUUUCAGAAAUUCAGCGACGACUUCAAGAAGGAACAUGAAUAUGACCUUGGUAGUAUUGAGCACAUUACUCUGCCCGAACAUGGCGAAGACAAGAUUGCGACGCUCUAUCGCGACAACAAAUAUCGACUUUCUCUCAGCCAACCCGCAUUUACCUAUUUUAUGCAGUUCCUCGAAAGCCUCCCCGAAACGGGGUUCAAACUCUUCAUCAACAUUGUCGAAAAGAAUCUCGACCUUCGGCAGGUCGAACGGGGAGCGGAUGAUCGAUUCAGCUUCGCAGCUAUUAUUGCAAGAGGCGUUGAUGGCCAAGACAUGCCAGCAGAAGAUGAAGGCAUUCCUGGUCAUCGCCCGGGAAAUGCGGUUUCGUCGACAGAUCCUAGCGUUGGAAACAAUCUCGCAACACUCAAGCUUGGAAAACUCGCCAUGGAGAAGGAUGCUGAAGAAGAUGUGCGUGCUGAAGUUACAGAGCUUGAUCUCAUCGUUCCUCCAAGAGAUGGGCAAUCUACCUUACUACAAACCCAUGAACUCCUCAACAUCAAGCAAGAAGAUGAGGACGAAGGACCCAGCCGGGCGGAAAUACCUUUUCCACCAUCCACAGCCCGCGAUGUUGCUAUGGAGGUCCAAAAGAUCCGUGAAAACAGAGACCGAUUGAAGAUCGAAUCUCGCACCGGAGGCAUUGGCCCUGGUCUCAGUGUGGUCAUGUAUACUUUCCAUAACACCCACGACAGCAUGAUAUGUAUGGACUUUUCUGGCGAUCAAAAACUUGUUGCUGCUGGAUUCCAAGAAUCCUACAUUCGAGUGUGGACACUCGAUGGAUCACCUUUGGGUGGUGCAGUCAAUGGUCAGCAAUCCAAUUCGCAGCGUCUCAUUGGACAUUCAGGUCCUGUAUACAGCGUUGCCUUCGCCCCAUCAAGUGUCAAACCAAGUGGCGAGAUAGGUGAUACUGAUACCAAAUGGCUUCUCUCUUGUUCUCAGGAUUCCAGCAUUCGCCUCUGGUUCUUGGACACCUUCCAGUGCGUGGUUGUUUACAAAGGACAUGUUGGACCUGUCUGGUCUAUCUCCUGGGGUCCUUAUGGCCACUACUUCGCUAGCGCCGGCCAUGACAAGACAGCGCGGAUCUGGCAAACCGAUCACAUCCGCCAAGUUCGAAUUCUUGCCGGCCAUGAUGACGGUGUUGAUGUAGUUGCAUGGCAUCCCAACUCAAGCUACGUCUUCACUGCAUCUUCUGAUAAGACUGUGCGCAUGUGGGCUUUGAAUAAUGGCAACCCUGUUCGCAUGUUUACGGGCCAUACCUCCAUGGUAACUGCAUUGGCAUGCUCUCGCAACGGCAAGAUCCUUGCAUCGGCAGAUGAUACUGGUGUUAUACUACUUUGGGAUCUCGGACCAGGUCGUCUGCUGAAGAAAAUGCGUGGUCAUGCCAAAGGAGGAAUCUGGUCACUGACCUGGAGUGCAGAGUCUACAGUCCUUGUUUCCGGCGGCGCCGACGGUACCGUGCGGUCCUGGGACGUGACGGGACCUGCAAAGAAAUCGGCCACACCAGCUACAAAAGCAGAUGGAAGUGGCAGCGCGACGGCGGGAAAAGCGGAUGGUGGCAUAGGCAGUUCGACAGGGACUGGCGGCGCAGUGACGGCGUCAUCUGCAGGCUCUGGACUCAACAUAUCCGGCGGGACCGCAGGCCCAGCUGCUAGCACUACAGGCGGCGUUGCUGGUGCUCAUCAUAAGAAGCGAGGGAAGGACGCAGUUGUCACCAGCGACCAGAUUUCCGCGUUCUUGACGAAGCAGAGCCCUGUGUACUUGACACAAUUCACCAACAUGAACCUUGUGUUGGCUGGUGGCGCAUAUCUUCCAGAAGCAGGAAAAUAG